UUACAUUCCCCAUGGACGGACAGAACGAUUCUGUCCUGAACUGGGACAUAAAUAAAGUACACUCUUGGCUUUCUUCUCUUGGUUUCCCCCAGUAUGAAUUGCAAAUAAAAGAGCAAAGCAUAAGCGGACCAAUACUGGUUCACUUGGACCAUUCGGCACUUAAGGAACUUGGGGUUCAUUCGGUUGGUCAUCGAGUUACCAUACUGAAAGCUGUCUAUCUUCUUAAGAUACAACACAAUGUGCCAAUAGAAUUAGAAGACUACGUUCCCCCAUCCGCAGAAUUUGAAAGCGCAAUUGCUUUGAAUGGAAUUCCGGACCUUCGUAGAUUUGAAAGCGCAAUCCAAGAAAGAGACGCACUAAUUUCGCAAUUAUCGAAGGAAGUGCAAAGGCUAUCGUCUGACUUGGCAAAACUACGCGAGGAAUUAGUACCAAUUUGGAAGAUGUUCAGGGAAAACAAGCCGUUGCCCGAGCCGGAUCGGAAUGAUAAUCUUUCUGUACAAGUUCCUACCAUAAAUGUAAGACCUCCGUACACAUCGGAAUAUUCGAGCGCGCCACCUUCUCCUCGUUCGCCACGUGAUGUCAACCACCGUCAUAAUCGUCAUGAGGUUGACUCGAAGCAAUCUUUUCAUCAACCUCUCAACAGUGAUCAUUCUGGAACCUUUAGGAUCGCCAAUCGAGAGGCGGAGUACAAGAGCUUUCGUGUUGCACUUGAAGACCCAUGUUAUAAAGUUUUACCUGCUGCACUUAAAAAAUAUAAGAUUACGGAUGACUGGCGGAAAUAUGCAUUAUUUAUUUGCUACGGUGGUCCAGAUCAUCCGACAGAACGUUGUCUGAGUUACGACGAAAAACCUCUGUUAUUAUUCCAAAAGUUAAAGGAGGCAAAUCAAAAUCCAGUUUUCACAUUAAAAAACAUUAAAGAUAUUAAGUCACCAGUGUCAACGGCAGAAGAGAUCAUCAAUUCCCUGAGGCUAAACCGACGUACGACACAAUUUUUGAACAAAGAUUUGCCCCCAGCACCGAAUGAGUAUUCACGACUUCCUCAGCAAACCGCUGUUUACGAUCCACAGUAUUCAGAUGAUAUGCUGGCAGAAAAUAACGGGACAGCCGUUGCAAUUUAUCCAUAUGUCCCGGAACUUGAAGAUGAAUUGAAUGUUACAGUGGGAGAUGUUUUUAAAAUUAAAAGGAGAUCCGGAGGUUGGUGCUUUGUUGAGAAGGAUGAACAAGUCGGAUGGGUGCCUGCGAAUUUCUUGCUCGAAACGAAUAUUAAUGGGAGUGACAUUAUGGACAAUGACAAUCCUUAUGUGGGCAGAGGAACGGCUUUGAUUGAUUAUGAAAGAAAUACUGACGAAGAGCUUAGCAUGAAAAAGGAUGAUGCCCUUCGCAUUUACAAAAAACAGGAUUAUUGGUUAUAUUGUGAGAUAAAUAACGAACGUGGGUGGGUGCCUAGUUGGUACGUCAGGGUAGAUAAAGAUGUUAAGGAGGUGAUGGACGACGACGAAAGUGAGUGGACAGCGUUCUCCUUACACCAUUCAAAAUCCGAUGGGAACGUCAAGAGGUCACGACUAUCCGAUGGCUUACCAUUUUGGAGAUAG